AUGGCACCAACUCUUGGGCAGACAAGUAGUCAACCGUUACCUUCAAAGGAACUGGGUAUUUUUCGUAAAAUUGUUAAAAAUUUUGAGUUACGUCAAUACAAAAAUGCUUUAAGAUGUGCUAAGCAAAUACUGGAGAAGCAACAAUAUGCAAAUCAUGGUGAGACAAUUGCUAUGAAGGCAUUGAUUUUGGAUAAUAUGGGAAGAUACAGUGAAUCAUUAGAUUUAGCCAAAAAAGGUGUUUCUAGUGAUAUAAAAAGUUAUCUUUGUUGGCAUGUCUAUGGGUUGGUAUCAAAAACUCAUAGAAAAUAUGAUGAGGCUAUUAAGGCUUUCAAGAUGGCAUUGCGUCUAGAUAAGGAUAAUCAUCAAGUCAUGAGAGAUUUAUCGAUGUGCCAAUUACAAAGUAGAGAUUAUGAGGGCUUUCGCGAUACUUGUUAUUCUUUGUUAUCUUCAAAAGGUAUGAAUAAAGCUGUUUGGAUGGGAUAUGCUGUUGCUCAUCACCUUCUUGGUGAUUAUGAUAUGGCUUUAAAAACACUAGAUUUAUAUCAAAAAUCAGCCCAGUGGAGUAGGACAUCUGAAUAUGAGAUGUCAGAAUUUACCUUUUAUGAAAAUCUUAUUAUUCAAGAUAGUGGUAAUUUAGAAGCUGCUUUAGCACAUCUUGAAACUAAUUCUGGUAUUUUGUGUGAUAAGUUACGUUAUUAUCAAACAAGAGCUAAAUUAUUGAUGGGUUUAGGUAGAAUGGAAGAAGCUGAAAAAGCCUGCCUUAUAUUGUUAAAUAGAAAUCCAGAGGACAAAAGAUCAUAUCAAAUGAUUCAAAAAUGUCGUGGUAUCGAAGACGAGACAUCUGCCCCUGAGGAAGCUGUCAAAAUUUACAAGGAGAUGGGAGAAAAGUAUCCAAAAGCAAACUUGCCAAAAGUUUACCCAAUUUACUUUCUAACUGGAGAAGCUUUUGAGAAAGCAGUCACUCCAGUAAUAAUAAGUUAUAUUAGAAAGGGUGUCCCUUCAUUAUUUAAAUUAUUAAGACAUGUUUAUCAUGAACCUUCAAAAGUUAAGUUUAUUGAAAAAUUUUUUACAGGUAAAAUUCCUCAAUUUGAAGAAAAUGCCAAAACAGCUAAGUUGGAUGGUGAUAAUAGUUGCGAAGAGGAAGCUCCGGAUGUAUUGUUGUGGUUAUACAUUUUAGCUGCUCAACAUUAUGAUUAUCUUAAUGAUUUCGUAAAUGCCAUAUUAUUUAGUAAUAAAGCUAGAGCUCAUACACCAACAUCUUUGGAUGCACUUGUAACAUGUGCCAGAAUUCAUAAACAUGCAGGAAAUAUUACUAUUGCCAUUGACAUCUUAAUUGAAGCUACAGAAUUGGAUAUAGGUGAUCGUUUUCUAAAUACCAAAUGUGCUAAAUAUAUGUUUCAUGUUGGUGACAUAGACGGCGCUGGAAAAAUGGUGUCAAAAUUUACUCGCGAAAAUGAGUGUCAUGAAGUUUAUAUGGAUGAGAUGCAGUGCAUGUGGUUUCAAUACUGUUAUGCUCGGGCUGCCUACCGUAAUGGACAAUUUGGCGAAUCUCUCAAGAAGCUCCAACAAAUCGAAUCUCAUUUUACGCAAUUUUAUGCUGAUCAGUUUGAUUUCCAUGGAUAUUGUAUGAGGAAAAUGACACUUCCAGAGUAUGUUAGAUUUUUGAAAAUGGAGGAUAAUAUUAGAGAUCAUGAAUUUUUUGAACGUGCAGCAAUUUUAGCUAUGAAAAUAUAUCUACGUAUGCUUGAUAGACCAGAUGAUUUUAAACUUUCUCCAGAAGAGAAGAAAUUAAGAGAAAAGGAAAGACAAAAGAAGGCUGAAAAAGAAAACAAAAAUAAGGGAAAAGAAAAAAAACCUACAGAUAAUGAGAUAUUAGGUGGAAAAAAUUUAGAUCCAGAUGUUUUAGCUAAUCCUGAAGAUCCGCUAGAAGAAGCAUCAAGAUUUGCUUUUUCAAUAAUUAAUUAUCACGGUAAAAGUGUCGAAGCAGCUACAUUAGCUUUUGAAGUGUACCUCAGAAAGGAUAAACCAUUACUUAUGCUUCAAGCUUUAAAGAAAGCAUUUGAUUUAAAUCCUAACAGUGGUUUACUUCACAUAGCAUCUCUAAAAUUCUUAAAAUAUUAUCAAAAUGAAUUUAAAAGUGACGGUAUCUUAAAAGAGGCUGUUGAUGCUUGUGUUGAAAAGAUGUUUUUAGAGAAAGAUAUUGAAAAGUUUAAUGAAUCCUUUAAUAAAAGAUGUUCUAAAUCUUUAGAAGAUAUGGUAACACAAAUAAAGGCAAACUAUUUAUUGGGAAAAAAAACAUCAAAAGAAUGUUGCGAUGGAUUAUUAGAACUCUUUGAAGAUGGUAUUGAUAAGAUAUCUGGUGUUACAUUCAAAGCAUGUGAUCAAUUAUUGAUGGAUGUAUGUGUGGGAUCAGUAUGUGGAGAGGUAGACGAAGAAUUUAUUCUAAAAUUUAAGGAAACUCUCUAUCGUAUAUUUCCAGCUGCUAUGUUUUGA